GAAAUUUCAAGGUUUGGUAAAUGAGGUGCAAGUUAUGAAGCGGCUUACCUAUGUCCGCCUAGUUGCCAUAUGAAGUUCGUAUGUGCAAUAUGGGGAGAUCUUGGAGAUGGAAAAAUUCUCCAGCUCAACCUGGCAAACCUUAUCGUCCAACAACAGUUGAACAGUUAGCUAAUUGCAUUUCACAUGUUCCUUGUGUACCACUUGGUGUUGUUGGAAUGAUUAGACUAUGUUCAAAAGCAGAUACUUAUUCAAAAUCGGUGGCGGCAAUUGUUUAUGGACUUGCUAUUAUCUCACUAUUCGUUGCGUCUUCUGUCUUCCAUUUGAUCUCGUUGUUUUAUAUUGAUGGUCGUCUACGUUCUACACUACAAGUAUGUGACAGAAUUGUUAUAUGUUUGUUUAUAGCAGCUUCAUAUACUCCAUGGCUGUUAUUACGUGAUUUUCAUGCAUCAUGGGGUUUAACUACACUGUGGUCUGUAUGGAUUGCAGCAAUCAUUGGCGGUGCAUUCCAAUAUAUUUAUUUAGAUAGAUUUCAAUAUAUUGAACUAAUGGUCUAUUUAGCAAUAUCAAUUUGUCCAGCUUAUAGUUUCAUUUAUAUGGUAAGUAAUUUUUUUCAAUGA